UGAGCACCGAGCCAGUGCGGUAGGUUCGCGGGAGAGAGGAGGUGAGAGGAGCCGGAGAGGGAGCGCGCUUUGUGGGGGCAGACGGAGYUUCACCUCCCGCCUGUGCACCGGCAGGAGCGUCAGACCCGACGCUCCAAAAACAAGAGGGAGUUUCAGGUUCUUUUGUCAGCCAGGCAGGUUUAGUUUUCACUUCAGGACUUGGGGUUUUUUUGGAGCUCGCGCUCGUCACACCGGGAGUUAAUUAGGGAGCUUGUGCUGCGAGGCGUUCAGGGGGAGCCGUUCACGGCGGCACCGCUCCGCAGCAUCCAGAACAACCUCUUCCUCUGAGCUGCAGCCGCCUGCAGAGUCACGGGAAUCCUUUCAGAUGCUCAGCGGACAGUGAGGCGGAGACCAGGGGGGUUGUUUAUGGGAGAUUUGUUGGAUUUUCAUCGCCCCGUCGUUAGAAAACUUGUGCGUCCAGGAUGGGGAAGGAACAGGAGCUGCUUGAAGCCGCUCGCACUGGGAAUGUCGCCUUGGUGGAGAAAYUGUUGAGUGGGAAGAAGGGGAUUCUGGGGUCAGGUUCCGGUUCCAUCCCUCUUCCCAACCUCCUGAGCAUGUGGAAGGGCCUGAAUGUGAACUGCACAGACAGCUCAGGAUACACACCACUACACCAUGCUGCGCUCAAUGGACACAGAGACGUGGUGCUGAAGCUGCUCCAGUUUGAGGCAUCGACGAAUGUGGCCGACAGCAAAGGCUGUUUCCCGCUACACCUGGCUGCGUGGCGGGGGGAUGUGGACAUCGUUCGUAUCCUCAUAAAUCAUGGUCCUUCGCACUGCCACGUCAACCAGCAGAACCACGAGAGGGAAACACCGCUCCACUGUGCGGCGCAGUAUGGACACUCUGAGGUGGUUUCAGUGCUGCUUCAGGAGCUGACCGACCCGACUAUGAGAAAUAACCGACAAGAGACGCCCCUCGACCUGGCAGCACUUUAUGGACGCCUUCAGGUGGUGUGCAUGUUGGUGAACGCUCACCCAAAUCUCAUGACGAGCCACACUCGCCUCCACACUCCGCUUCACCUGGCUGCUCGCAAUGGCCACCACAGCACCAUCCAGACCCUGCUGGAGGCCGGCAUGGAUGUCAACUGUGUGACAGAGAAUGGUAGUGCCCUCCAUGAAGCUGCCCUUUUUGGAAAGAUGGAUGUAGUUCGCCUUCUGCUUGACUCAGGAAUUGACACCAGUCUCAGAGACAGUAAAGGAAGAACAGCACUGGAGAUUCUGAAAGAACACCCUGCACCUAAAUCUCAGCAGAUCACUGCUCUUAUCCAAGAGUACAUAGAUGAGAUGGAGAAGCAGAGUAUUAUGGAAGAACCUGUCCGCAAGUGUCCUAUACCUGCACCUCGAACCUCUAUCCCCUCACCUUCUGCCUCCCCCUCCCUCAGACACAAGAAUGAUGCUGUCACAAGUGAGCUGUCCAAACUGCUCCACGACAUCAAGAAGUGCCGGGACAGAGACUACUCCUUCGAGGAGCUCUGCCACACCAUCUCCUCCCACUCCAUGGACAGCUUUGGGAGUGGGCGUCUGUCUGACGAGGAGCGCCCUGAUCGACCCAACGGCACCCUGACUCGAAGCACCAAGAGGCCCACUCCACCUCUCGCUCCAGCCUUGGAGGAAGACGAGGCAGAUAAAACCUGUGGUCCCACUGGAUUCUGGGAAGCUCUUACUCCAUGCAACGGCUGCCGCCACCUGGGCUUUUCCGGCCUGUCGCAGGAGUCUAAGCGCUCAGCAGAGAUCGUCACCUCGCCAUCCCUGGAUGUUUUCCUGCCAGAAGACGAGGACAACCCAUACGAAUCUGUAACCACCGCCGUCACACGCAAACCCUGCUCACUUGAUAUCAACCACCGCUUCAACGCCUGUUCACGCAAUGGUCACUUGUCCCAUGGAACGGUGAGUGAGGAGGAGCAUGGUAACCAGGACAACUGCUCAACAGGCCCCACACCAGACUGCUCACCCCCCUCCCCUGACACGGCCCUGAAGCACAUCGAAAGAGUCAUCCGCCCACAGCCAAAGCAACGCACCUCUUUGUCUUCAUCUCUGGAUGUCCAGAGGCCGGUCAAUCACAGCUGUGAGCCCAGUGAGGUGAGCUCUUCCCUGGGCUACGCCAGCUUCAGCACCAGCCCCCCUGCCAGCCCGCCUCUCAGCCCAAACCAGGAGGACUCUGCGGGCUCCAACGACGACUGUCACCUCACAGACGACGGGUCGUACCAGCGAGAACCACCUCCCCUCCCUCCCUGCUGCUCCUCCUCUAACUCAAAUCCUCUUCUGGAGGAGAACAGGAAGAGCCUGGUCCCGGAGGAGUUUGCAGGCCUCCUUCAUGGCUCAUCCCCGGCUUGUGAACCACCUGAAACGCCUUAUCACCUUUACAGCCCCAAGCACUUCAAAUAUGCCUCUGCAGAUGUCCAGAGCAGCCUGCUGCAGGCCUCAGAGUUCAGCCUUGUGAUUGGUGGAGGGGCCUCUCAGGGCUUCUCUAGGGUCGGGAGCGAAGUAUCUCCUCAGAGGCUGAACUGCAGGUCUCAAAAGCCCCAAGUCGUGUACCGGACUGUGUUCCACACAAAGGUCAACCAAGACCAGGUUCAGAUUCAGAACUGUGAUCAGGGGGAUUCCCCCCGUGUACGGUCGACGCUGAGCCACCCGUCCUCUUCUGAGCAAAACGGUGAAGUUGAAGAUUCUGUGGGAAACCUGACCAGAGGUGGGUCUAAAGACGGUUUAUCUGGAGCUGGGUACGAGGAGAGGGCUUGUACCCUGGGGAGGAUGAGAUCAGUGCCACGCAGUGUGCUGGACCUGCAGCUGUCAAAGUCUUUGUCCAAGUCUGACUCGAACCUCGUGGCUGUGUCCCCCAUACAGGAGGAGCACAGUUGGGGGUCUGGAUCUCGGGGUCAGGGCCCAGGAAGUCCCAGCUCACGAGAAGGGGUCAGCCCUGAGAGGAGGCUGGAGCGAACGCCCUCCUUUACUGCUGAGUGGGAAGAGAUCGACAAGAUUAUGAGCUCUAUUGGGGCAGGAAUUAGCAGCGGAUUGGACAUCAAGGAGGAUAACUCAGGUCCCCGCUGCCCACUGCAGUCUGUUGGCCAGUGGCUUGACUCUAUUGGACUGGUCCAGUAUGAGAACCACCUGCUCGCUAAUGGAUUUGACAAUGUCCAGUUCAUGGGCAGCAACGUGGUGGAGGACCAGGACCUGCUGGAAAUUGGAAUUCUCAACUCGGCUCACAGACAACGUUUGCUGCAGGCCAUCCGGCUGCUGCCGCGGGUGCGACCUAUUGGUUAUGACGGCAACAACCCCACAUCGGUGGCGGAGUGGCUGGAGUCUUUGGAGCUUGGCGACUACACAAAGUCUUUUCUCAUUAAUGGUUACACCUCCAUGGAGCUGGUCAAAAAGAUAUGGGAGAUUGAGCUGAUAAAUGUGUUAAAGAUCAAUCUUAUUGGACACAGAAAACGGAUUCUGGCCUCACUGGGAGACCGGCUACACGAAGACACUCCACAGAAACCUCCACGGGCCAUCUCCUUACGGGAGCCCGGGGGAAACCACACCCCUCCCCAGCUCAGCCCUUCGGUCGGCCAGGCAGCGUACACAGCGGGGGUCCCUGGUGGAUCUCUGGACGUCCAGCACCUCAUCAUGCAGGCGGACGCCCGGCGCCGACAGCGCAGCACCGAAAACUACUUUGAGGACGUGCCGCGGUCCAAGCUGGAGCGACAGAUGGCUCAAGUCAGCAUGGCAGGUGAAUGGUGUGAGCCAAUAACAUUGCGUCCACCUAACGAGGCCACCUCGUCCACACCUGUGCAGUACUGGCAGCAUCACCCGGAGAAGCUCAUCUUUCAGUCCUGUGACUACGAAGCUUAUUACCUCGGCUCCAUGCUGGUGAAAGAGCUGAGAGGGACAGAGUCCACACAAGAUGCCUGCGCCAAGAUGAGGAAGUCAACAGAACAGAUGAAGAAAGUACCGACCAUCGUGCUCUCGGUGUCUUACAAAGGAGUGAAGUUCAUCGAUGCCACCAAUAAGAACAUCAUAGCGGAACAUGAGAUUCGCAACAUUUCAUGUGCUGCUCAGGAUCCAGAAGAUCUGUCAACGUUUGCCUACAUCACCAAAGACCUCAAAUCCAGUCACCACUACUGCCAYGUCUUUACUGCUUUUGAUGUGAAUCUGGCCUAUGAGAUCAUUCUGACACUUGGCCAGGCCUUUGAGGUGGCCUACCAGCUGGCCCUGCAAGCCAGGAAGAGUGGCCACGGAUCGUCAACGCUCCCGGAGAGCUUUGAUAGCAAGCCCAGCAAACCUGUCCCCAAACCUCGCAUCAACAUCCGCAAAUCAGUCAUCAAAUCUCCCACCAGCCGCUGGUCACUGGGUCACAUUUACACCCCUCACCGGCCUCCUCUCUACCCUCCUCUUCCACCCCCUCGACUCUUCCAUCUUCCUCACAAAGCUCAGUUCCAGAUGGAGCAGCCAUCCAUGGACCAGAAGGGCCAUGCCAAUGUGCCAUGGAUUGUGGAGCCUGGUCAAGAGGCAAAGAGAGGAGUCAACACCAAGUACGAGACCACUAUUUUCUAACAUACACCCGCCUUGUCCACUCCUGUGUGUGUGUGCCUUUCAGAAGUUGCCCUGUAUCGGGGCCCAGCCCCGGAGUCGGGCACAAGCGACGCACGCCGCCGUGUCACCUCACCGGCUGAAAAACAAAAAUUCUAUACACCUCACCUCGUCCCGCCCUCAUUAGCCGAGCCUGUCCACUGCAUGAUGACCAUUGGCGCUGCGAUGUUUCUCUUCUUUUUGUUCUCCCCCUCCCUGGCCGGGCCUCAUCCUCCUGCUUGCAGGGCUGGCGCAUGACCUUUGAACCCAGGGUAGUGGUGCAUUUCUGUCUCCACCUGUAGGGAGAAUGGUCAGUUCAGUUUUUUCCACUUCCAGUCAGUCAACAAGUUUUUUGUUCUGCAUUUAGUUUGUCUUUUUCAUUCCUGGUAAUUGGUACAACCAUUUGGCUUCAUAUCUCUCCUUUUUUCCCCCUCCAUCCCUCGCUUUUUUCGUCAUUUCAGCCCCUUUGUCCAACUUUGACAAUUUUUUUGAGAUUCAACAAAGAAAUCUGCUCUAAGAGCUGUAACAGUGUUUUAGCUGUCUAUUGAACUUAGUCUGGGAGCUGACAAAGACGAGGGAUGUUGUCUAAAUUUGACAACUGGAGGAGUGUUCAGACUUUUUAAUCAUUUUUUUAAAUGAAGAGGAGAGGUGAUGUAGCACAAUGUAACUUUGAUUAAAGCUGGUUCAUCCAGCAGGCUACUAGAAUGUAUUUCAACUUUGAAUCUUUAUAUCAACUUAUUUUUUGGUGACACUAACAAACUUGUGAUUUUUUUUUUCGAAACUAGAUUUUCUAAUUAACCUGUGACACAGGAAAACGGAUUACUUUUUGUUUUUCUAGGACUAUUUUCAACAUGUCUGUAUGUGUUCAGAAUAACUAAUGAUAUUAAAUUUUCCCUGCUUAUUAAACUUGUUUUAUUUGAUGGGGGUAAAAAAUGUAUGUAAAAGGUUUAGCAUGUGGCUUGUGGGACGCAUGGUGGCCUUUUUGGAUUUGCAGAGCAGGGGUGCCGGUGGAGAGGCAGUGUGUGAGGGCUCUCUCGAUAAGUGAUGUCAUCUCAUUUGCAGGGCAAUGGCGGACGCUCAUGUCUAUUACUGUGGAAUGCAAAGAAUGUAGCCAGCCCUAAACAUGGACCUUGUCACACAUACAAUGCAAAAUGGACAGCAAAGGACCCUCUUGCUCACUUUUCAAAAGGACAACAAACAUGGAUGCUACUCCACAAUGUUUAAGGUUGACUACAGAACUUUACCAUUCAUCCACACAAUGCCUGAAAAAGUAAACAAUGGACCAGUAAAGACAGAUACACAACAACAGGACUGCAUCCUGACAGAUGGUGUCUGCUAUGAAUGUACACUUAUUUGAAAGCAGCCUUGAGUUUCUGCAGUUACAGCAGGAUCCGUUUUAUGCACUCCACCUGGAAAGCAUGAUUGUUAAACUUAAAUGUGGUCAGCAUCUUCAUGGAGACUGAGUAUGGUAACAAGAAAUUUGUUGGUUAAAGUCGAGGGGCAUGUUUAUUUAUUGGCAUGGGUUCCAAGAUAUGGCUGGCUUUUUUUUUAUUUUGUUUAAUGUUAAAAAAAUAUGCACAAGUGUGUAAAUGUGAUUGGACUUGAUGCAACAACUGUCUCAUAAUGAAUGAUGAGCCUAUGUGAACAAUACGGCAUCUAGUGUUUAAAAAAAAAAACAAAAGUAUUCUAUUCGUAUUGCCCGACAUUUUAAUGUUUAAUAUGAGAAUAUUCUAUUACCAUGAUGAUAAUCCUUGUGCAAUUCUUGUCUACUGUUGUCUUAAUGUUACAUUAUUUUUCUAUGAUAUGCUGAGAUGAAAACUUUGAGCCUGAGAAUGAUGGCAAUCCUUUAAAAAAACUGAAACUAGAUGUUCAUACUUGUACAGAGAGUGAAUGUUGCAGGUUGCUUGCUAACUCUUAGGUCAGGUCAACCUUCAUUUCUCAUGGGGCUCUAUUAUUAUCUUGCAGAUGUACUAUUUUAAAAACAGUAUUACUGUAUUAUUUGGAUGAGACAUUAUCCAACUAUAAAAUGUAUAUAGAUAUUUUGCCAACUCAUUGUUAAUAUAUGUAAAGAGAAAAAAGAUUUACAGUAAAUGGCACUGGAAACAAGGUACCAAAAUAAAGGCUGGACAUUUUAAAAGUGGUAGUUUGUAGAGGUUGUAUUUUGAGUGAAAAUAUGGAUUAUUUGGUAACAUCACUGCUGAUUUACUAAUAUAUUUAGGCUUGGGCUUCCAGCACACUAAUUUUUGUAAUUUUGGCCAUUAUUUAUAUCCUUGUAAAAAGCACAUGAAAUAAAAUCUGACUUGUACAACCAUA